AUGAGAUUACAUCGAACAUAUCCUAUAUGGCUUCAUUUAUUACAUAUUCUUUAUCAUGGAAUUUUCACUUUGUUUCAAAUAAUCGGUUUUAUUACUUCAUUUAAUUCCCCGGCUAAAUUUGAAAAUCAAGGACCGGGUUGGCGUUUUCGUUAUGUAACAACAUGGAUUUUAGUAACAUUAGCAUUAUAUAUGUUAGCAGCUUUUAUAUUUGAUAUUAUACUUAUUUUAAAAGGUAUUAAUAAUUCUCUUGUUAAACAAUUAAAAAUUCAUCUCGAUCGAUUUUUUUGUUUAAUGUUUUCAAUAUGUGUUGGAUUAGGAUUCUUUUUUCAUUUAUUAUUUUUUAUUAGUUGUAAAAAUAAUCAUCAUUGUCCUAAAUAUACUGAACCAUUGUGGUUUCUUCAUUUAACGCUAUUUUGGUAUGGAUUUGCUGAAUAUUUCUUUGUUCCACAUAAUACGAAACGAGAUAUUAAAACAACACCAAUUCUUAUUUUUAUUUUUUGCUUUAUGUAUUUUAUUAAUUAUUGGUUAUUUGUAUUACAAACUCAUGGUCAUCAUCCCUAUGGUAAUCCAUGGCCUGCAUGGCAAUGGUUGAUAUAUUUCUGUUUUCCAUUAACAAUGCUUGUAUUAAGAUUGUUAAGUAUUAUUAGAGACCGAUUAUUUUAUAAGAGAGGAUUACGUUCAUAUUGUAUUUAUCCACCAAAAGAAUUAUCUAUGAAUUCAUGGUUAGGAUGGCAUCCAAAUUAUUCUCAAAUUGACGAAUCAUUCUCCGUACCUUUCAUUUCACAUUCUAUUUGGCUUUUCGUUCGUUCAUCGUAUAUUUUUGUUAUACUUUACAUUUUUGGCAUUUGUUUCCUUACACGAUGGUUUUCUCGUGGAAGACAGUUUGAUGCUUUUCAGGCUACGGACGUUCGUGGAAAAACCUAUUUGAUCACUGGAUCAGCGAGUGGUAUUGGAAAACAAACGGCUAUCGAACUUGCGAAGCGAGGUGCUAAAGUGGUAUUGUUUGCACGACCAAGCAAUCUCCAGCAAACAAUCAAUGAUGUCAAAAAAGUGGCACAAGAUGCCAAACUCAUCAGUGGUUAUCCACUUGACUUAGCUGAUCUACUUUCGAU